AUGCCGGCACCCACCAGUCUCGAGGAUGGGCGCUACGGCACACGCCCGAGCAUCAACGGGCAGACUCGCCGUGGGAGACCACGAACCCGGGCAUUGCCAGACCCCAACGCCCCGAAGCGGCCAAGGGGCAGACCAAGAAAAGGAGAAUCUGGCUUACCUGGCGUAUCUGGCUUGCCUGGCACAUCUGACACAUCUGGCCAGUCCAAAUCACAGGAUGUCGAUCAAGACUCUGAAGACCUUUCGGAGGUUGACGACGAUACUCCAGAUUCAUCUAGCAAAAAGACACAGGCAAACUCGGCAACCUCGGCAAAGUCUGGCAAACGCAAGGCUGAAAAGGCUGCCGGCGAGGAUACACAGGCAACAAGGCGAAAAGGCUGUCUGGCGCCUUUCUGGCUGCAAAUUGUCAAGGCCGACGGCGUGGAGCAGACACUCAAACAGGCUGCCCAAGCCAGUGUUGCCGGCAACAUUGCAAUCGAGGCACCGGACGACGUUAUCGAGUCGGUCGUUCUGGCAAAGAAUGGCAUACAGGAGUGGCACGACCUCUGGGUCAUGAUGUUGAACAUCUUCCAGUCAACACCCUACGACCUUUUCACGUGGGGCCUCCGCGAGUCCGACAAGGCACAACGGCAUCUCAUCUACAGAUUCCUAGGUCGCCUCCUCCCUCAUCCAAUGUGGGAGGGUGACCUGUCCAGGCUCCGAUACGCAUUGCAAAAGGCAAUCUCUCUCCGUGUGGCAGGUCAUCUGGAACCCCUUGGCCCGUUGCCUCUCGAGACUGCGCAGGCAAUAGUGUCGGCAAACUUGGACUACGUCAAUAGAGCGGCAUUGGCAUUGAGUAUCUGGCACUCCUUGGAGAUGGACAAGCAGAAAGUGGGUGGCAUGUUCCUAAAGGCACUCAGGCAAGUGGUGGAAAGCGAAGGCCAAGACGGCUUCGAGCAUGCCGAUAACGACAAGACGCUGUUCCAACUUAGCAUUGAAGAUAUUCAGGCAGUACAUCAGGCACUCGACUCCAUGCGAGGCACGUUUUCAGGUUUGACUGUAGCAUCUCAUCACGAGCUAUACAGCGCAUACAGGCGAACUGCACGCACCCGCACACUAGCACCAGAAAACAAGGCAACUCUGGAGCGGUGGGAUCGAUGGAGCCUGAUGGUGCGGCAGGCUGACGAAGCAAGCAGGCAACCAGACUACCCCCAGAGGGAUAGAAACACAUACAAGGCACUCCCUUACUGGGAUAGCAACACUUGUGAUGUGAGAUUCUGGCAUUCUAUACAUUCCGACAUCUCGAGCAUCAAAGCCAUCGAGGUGCAAGACGAUUCGAAGCAUUCCCCUGCACCUCAUAGCACCAAAAAGGUGAAGAUUGAAGACGGCGUAAUCGAUCUGACCCAAGACGACGACGAUGAUGACGUCGCCACUGCUGGCAUCGAGCCACCUCAGGCUAGACAUGACGGUACAGGCACUUCAGGACGGGCACUUUAG